CAACACUUUGCAUGACAACAAAACAUCUUACCGUCUUUUAACACUUUUCACUAAUUUCACUCUCACGCUUCCUCUCAAACACGUUUCCUUCUUCAUACAUCUAUAUGAUAAUAAAGAACAAACAUCUGGCAUCACCAUCUCAGCUCAGUCCUUCAUCAAAAGUUCGUUCUAUGACUUUUGAUAUUAGUGAAGCUGAGCAAACUCAGUCUCCAUUAUUAAAUGACACAAUCCCUGGAUCAGCUGAAAUUAAAGAGGAAAUAGCUUUUAAAGAGAACAAAGCAACUCAAACUUCCUUUACAAGUGCAGCAGAAGUGAGUCGAGGCGAGGAAAAGAGUUGUGUUGUAGAUUUAGAACCAGAGGAUCUGGUGAAUGAUGACAAAAGUGAACAAGAAGAAGCCAACAAAAAAGAGGAAUCUGUUGAGAAAGACAAAGAUGAACCAGAUGAGGCUCAAGGAGGACAAGAUAUAGAAAUUGCUGAACAUGCACUGGAAGAAGUGAAGACUAAUGGAGAGUCAAAAGAGCUAGAGUCAGGGCUGACACAUCAAGAAAAUGCUUUGGAAGAAGAUCAGCUGGAAGAUGAAACGACGGAAAAUGAAAAGGCAAAUGCAGAAGAAAUGUUGGACAACAGUGGGACUCACACAGAGCCAGAGAUGUCAAAGGUACAACUGGAGGAUGACCAACAAGACAGAGAUAAGGAACAAGAGCCUGAAGAACAACAUAUCGAGUCUUUGAAAUCUGAUCAAUCAAUACAUUUGAAAACAUCUGAAGGGUCUAAAGAGCUUGAGGAAGAAGAAGAAACGGUGCUUGGCAGUUCAACCACAUUUGAUGCCAAACUGGUGUCUGAAGAACCAACAAUGGAGGAGACCGUUGUUUCAAGUGAGGACGUAAAAGGUUCCCCCACUACACAGCUGAACGCAGAUGUUGUUGAAAGUAAACUUGAUGUCUUGGAUAUUCUUGGAACUGUAGAAACCAUCUUUCAUGACAAAGAGCAGAAAAUGAAAAGCAAAGUGAAAGCUCAAAAGGUACUUGACGCAUAGGAAGUGCUAGCACAAAGCUUCCAGUUGUCCGCCCUAUAGCAGUGUUGGCUUUGAGCUUGUGACUUUGCCUUUCCAGACCCGGAGUAUCUGCUUUAGUCCCAUAGCAACUUUGUCUUUGUAUUGCACCCUCUCCAUCCUGCAUUUAAAAAUGUUUUUGUUGUUUAGCUAUGUGUUUUCUAUGGCAUCAACAUCUCUUUGUUGUU